AUGUCGGCAAACGCACCCUAUUAUCAGAUGCCAUCCAGCCAGUUCAGCAAUGCAACCAACAGUACAAACGCCGUUCAGCCCCGUUUCGUGCCUGAAGAGGGCGACUAUGACCUUUCUGCUCCCGCUCCUCUCGCAUCCCCGCACGGACAAAUCCAGUCGCCCAUGUACACUGAGCCCAUCGCGCAUCAGACAGCAGUGGAGCACACAUAUGAGGAUAGUCACAACCUUGCAAACCUCUUGGAAGCGGCUUCUUCAGUCGCUACUGCACAGGCUACACAGGCUGACAUGAUGGCCGAUCACGGUGUGGUAAACAUCGCAACUCAUGGCGGCGGGAAGAGGAAGAGAGGGUCCAGCUCUCCAGCUUGCGAUACUGCCAUGACAGAAGAUAAUCCACAUAGCAAACGUCGGCGCGUUCAUGUGCCUACGGAUCCAGAGCUUCAAGCCGUUGAUUAUAACGAGCACGUCAAUGUUGACAAUAUUGGUACCCCACGAACGAAUGAAACUCUGCUGAACGACACCUGUGCCGCAGGUGUACAUUCUGCCGCUGCACUUUUCCGUCGCUCCUCUGAGAGGACGUCCCGGAAAUACACACGCCCGCCAAUGUCGAAGCUCUUCAUGUCCCUCCAACUCAAUCCAGAGGACUUUCUACAACUCCAGGCACAGGCAAAAGCGUACAUGCUAGACACAACUCACCCCGAGCGACAGAAUUGUGUUGGGAAUCGUGGAAAAGGCGACACAGACAUGGUCAAACUGCGACUGUUCAACUGCGUUCGAGACUUUUUGAACGACAAGGCCGGAGAGCAAUUCUUUGGUGAAAACGUGGCGAAGCCAGGCGAGAGAGAAGCUAUCGAAGCGGCUCGUGCGUUGGGCGAGGAGAAGGUGAUCAACCCUGAGGGUAGACUGAUAUGGCCGAGAGAUGGCAACAAGAUUAUCAGUCUCGUUACUCCCUUGAUGCGCCGCAUGGUUACAAAUGAGCGACAACGCCAGUAUGCGAUUGAGACCAGGAAAGGAGGUGCAAAGAAGAGUAAAGAGGGAAGUGUAGAGGCUACUGCCCCGCGAACUGUUGCCGAGCAUGGGUGCGAGCAGGCACAGUUGCCCUGCGAUCCAAAACUGGCUCAAUAUCGUCAAGACUCGCAACCCACCUCACCGUCAUUAGGCAUGGUUGGUGCACACUCCCCAGCAAGAGGCCGAGAGGUUUUGCAACUGGAUGGAGAGGUAGUUGGUCAGAGAACCACCUCCCCUUGGUUGACAAACGUGAAGCUUCCAACGGCAUGUUCAGUUGAACCCCACCUUUCCUUUCUCAAUAUUUUCCUUGUAUUAGCAUCACAUGAGGGCAAGCCAGCCAUCAAGCUGGAUGAGAGGCGUAUAUCAGCCGAGCAUCCAGCUCACCUGACUUUCUACGAUUGGAACGACUUUUUGAAGGAAGUUGAUGGACUUCUCUCCCAAGCCAAAUCACGGUUUCCUGAAUUGCGGCGGCCUCCUGCCCCUUUGGGAAACGAGAUUGGAUCUCACAGUCUCCGGGGUCUCGCGGCGGCAGCUAAUGCGCUGCAAUCCGACGUCAGCCCUACGGAACCUCCAAAACUAAGCGACCCUGUCCUGCAAGAAGAUAGUCAGCGACCUAUGAAUGAGAUGUCUGGCACACAAAAUAUUGCAGAAUCCAUACCGUCGGCCUUGACAUCAGACACACAGGGUCUUGCAGCCUGUCCAGGCCCCACACCAGAUAUGGGAACCAACACAUCAUCUCCCAACAUCACCGCGACGAGCAGCACAAACGACGACACAGCCGAUGACGAAUGUCCUCCCCGCCACACCAUCAAAACAAUUGGGCCGAAUGGUUGGACCACCAUAACAACCGAGCAAGACUGGUACCACGUCUUACGCGAAAAGGCAUUUGCGGUCUGGGCAGACGGCGUGUGCAAUGUGCUUGUCGAGCUUCCCAAUUUAUCUGCAGGUUGA